AUGGCGCCUUCGCUUCGUGCGAUUCGUGCGACGUUCGUAUGCGUUUCGCUGAACCUGACCCUGUGCAAUGUCUUCACCGGACGCUACUAUACCGCACCGAAUCUCGCCCCUCCCGCAACUCGCAAUCGGGAGGUUGAAUCGGCGGAGGCGGCAGCGGGGUUCGUGCUGCCGAGCUCGGCGCGCAGCUGCGACGAAGAUGAGAGGAUCAAUGGAGCCAAGGGUUUGCUUCCUUCUCUGGAAGAACUCACAUGGAAUCCCUCUUUAUGUGACUGGGAGCUGCAUUUGAUUGCGUCUCAAGAGCAGAAGGCAGAGGCGGAGAGUCAGCUGAGGCAGAAGGGAGCGAAGCAAGGGCCAGGCAGUGGGGCUCAGGGCACGAGAGCGGAUCCCGCACACCACUUGGUGCUUGGAAGAGCAUUCAAUGCGUUAAGGCAGGGAAGUUAUUCGGAAGCUGCUCUUGAAUUCAGUAAGCUGGACAAAGUGGACCACCCCGAGGUGCAACAGCACGUGCUGUUGGGCCGAGGCAUCGCGAACACAUUCCUGGGCCAUCAGGAUAAGGCACACAAGGACCUCACCAAGGGCACAGAGCGCUACCCGCAUGUGGCGGACUUCUGGAGGCGCCGGGCGCACCUGCUUUCGUCCAUGGGGAGGCAGGCAGACGCCCUCAGCGACUACUCUCGUGCUCUAGAGCUCGAGCCAAACCACCCUGAGACGAUUCAGGAAAGAGGAGUGCUGGCCUUCCAGGCGGGUGACUUCUGGACGGCCAUCAGCGACCUUACUGCCGCACUCAAGCGCCAGCCCAAGGACCCCAUGCUCAUCCGUGCCGUUGCCCUGAGUUACGGGGGAGCAGGGCAGUGGAGGGACGCGGUUGAAGUGAUGGAGGAGGCAGUGAGGCGGCACCCAAGAAUGGCGCUGCUGUGGAGUGACAAGGGCCGCGCGCACAAGGAGUUGGGACAGGCGGACCUUGCAGUGGCUGCAUUGCACAAGGCUCUAGCGCUGGAAGAGUCACCAGAGGCAUAUCUGCGCCUGGGCCUUCAGUUGCAAAGCAUUGGGGACCACAGAGAUGCCAUCAAGUACGCCCACAAGGGGCUGAAGCUCAGGCCAAUGGACAUUGAGCUCAACUACCUAGAAGCUUCCUCGCUGCACGCAGUCGGGGACUACAAUGCUGCAAUAAAGCAAUACAGUGUGAUUUUAACGCUGCCUGCUCAAGCAGCUAGCGAGUAUGCGCAGGUCCAGCAGUCCAUGGCUUUUUAUCAGAGGGACAUUGCCACGUACACGUGGUCCAAGCUAGCCCGCCCAUUCAUCGACUUCCAGAUCGACCAAGAUCUCGAUACCAACUUCAAGGAGGCUUGGAUCCGCCGGCUACCACCAACAGUGCUGCCCCGCACAUACCGCCCCCUAGACCUCCCCCCAGGCGCCAGGAGCAAAGGCAAAUCCCCUGGCCUGCCUGAGCUGUCAGAGGGGGCUCUUGAGAUUAUCGCCAAGGCUGAUAAGAUUGGGAGCAGGACGCAGUACUUUCUGGAUGGCUUCAUGCCCAACAAGCGGCAGAUAGGCGAGCCCACUGACCUUGUGGCUUGGAUUGACCUGCUGGAGAACGAGAUCGAGAGGGGGUAUGGCGGCCUGACCGCCCUCCAGGUCGGCCAGAUGCAGAACGUCAAGUACUACCCUCUCACGGACAGAACGUUGGAGGUGGUGAAGCAGCGGCUGCUGGAAGCAGAAGAAGCUUUCAACGCAACGGGCAUGACCAUGAGCUCUAAGAGCGUGCACGGGCUCAUGGGUGCAGCACUAGGAGGCAAGUUCAGCAUUCCAAAGGCCAAGUACGGUGAACAGAUCAAGCGGGCCAAGACUCUGCAGGAGCUCCAUGCAGUUGUGGGCUGUGACUUCUUCAUCAACUCGCAGUGCUUCAGCGAAGCCAUCCCAGGCAAAGCUAUUCUGGGGACGGAGUUUUCCAUUGUCGCAUCAGCGCGGUCGUUUGACUUUGCCAUUCGGACUUCUGUGGACCGGCCACGUUGGAAGCACCUUGACUUGGAGCUCACAGCAGCAUGGGAGGCGCUGUGUGCGGCAGUGCUGGACGCACACACAGAGGCAGCGGACCCGCAUCGCUACCGCCAGAGGAUUCAAGACGCCAUCCUCCGCCUGGGGUACUUCUGGUAUCAGUUCAUGCCUCUCACUAGAGGAUCUGCCAUGGUGGGACUUAUCUCCAUUCUGGGUCUGUCCCUGGCUGCUGACAUGGAAACCACUGCUUUCAUCCCCAAGGGAGUACAGGUUGAUUGGGAAGCGCUGCUUUCUCCUAUGUUUGCCAAGUUCAAUGAUUCAGUGGCACCGUGGCUAUAUGAGGGUGUGAAGCCUGGACCUUGGGAUUUGCCCCUAGUGCGUGAUGCACUUCCCACCACCCACCAUGUUGUCAGUGCUCUCAGCAAUUACUAUUGA